AUGCAGGGGGCUGACACUUCAGGUUUUACAACAUCUCCUAUCUCACCACCCCUUUCCCCUCUUCGCCAAGACGAUCCGGAUAUGAUCUAUGGGGAUGGUGAAGAUGAAUUUACAAGGUUCACUUUUAGUCCAUUCACCAUUAGGACUAAGAGUGAUGACGAAGCUCCAGUAAUGAAGGGGAAACUCAAAUCCAUCCAUGAAAAGCUUGACUCAUUGCUUAAGGCUUCAAAUCCUUCCUCAACUGAUUACUACUCCCAAGCUUCAUUCAAGUCCAUCAUUGAAACUCUCACCAAAGAGCACUCCUCAAAUCUUGAAAAUAUGAACAAAGUUGUGGAUGCCUCUGCUACAAUCUGCAACAAAAUGACAAAAAAAGGAAAUAAACUAAUUUCUGAUGCCACAUCUUUUAUGAACAACUUCCAGACCUCUUUUGAGUCCAAUACAACAAAACCUAAUGAAUCAAUUGCCAAUCUUGGCUCCUCUCUUAAAGCUGAACGAGAAAAACUUCAAGGAAUCAGAACAGGGAUCACUACCGAUCAUGAAGAAUUCAAAUACUCCAUUUCCUCACAAGUCUCCAAACAUCAAGAUGAUUUAGCCAUGGAAAGUAAGAUAAUAGACUCCCUCGCCAUCAAGAAUGAAAAAGUUAAAGUUCUAACUGUCGAACUCGAACAGGCAGAGAAACAAGUUCAAGAUUUGAUAACUGAGAAGGCAGUAAUGAAAAGUUGA